AUGGUCUCCUUCGUCUCUAACCCCUUGCGUUCCUCGGACCAAGACAAGGAACAGGUUCCUAAUCCAGAAAGCUUUGAGCCACGUGAAAGCUCUCCCGACAUCACUCACGUGAAGGACAAGUUCCCAAAGGUCAAGGAUGAAGCUUGGUUGGCGCAGCGUCUGGGAAAUGCCCUUACCAAACGACGCAUGAUCAUCAGGUAUAGACAGGCCAAAAACGCUCAACCUGCAACAGUCGAGGAUCGUGUCCCUGACGACAUGGCCGACCAAACUUCAAUCUCUACGCCCCCGACUUCGUUCAUCAGUUCGUCUGACGAAGCUACGAGUCAGGAUAUUCCGGACCUGGACGACUUGACGUUCAACGGGCAGAAUUUGGAGUUUAGAGAACCCAUUGAGUGCCCAUAUUGCAGAAUAACCCAAGUUCUGGGCACCCAAGCCGGAUGGAGGCAAGCAAAGCACGUCUUAGCUGACCUUCGACCGUAUGUGUGCACAUUCAAAGACUGCACUUCUGGUCUCUUUAUCACUCAAAAGGAGUGGUUCACUCACGAGAUGACUGCACACUUGCAGCAAUGGAUCUGCAGGUAUUGCAAGGAUGCUGAGAAGCCAACAUUCAAAACUCAGUCCAAAAUCAAAGAACAUCUUGAAGUUACACACAACGUAGUUGAGUGGGAUCUUACCAAGGCCUUGAAAACGAGCCAAAUACCUCUCAAGCCUUUUGGAACCUCUUCGUGCCCUCUAUGUAACGAAUGGGACCCGCCUGCUGAGGAGUCUCAGAACUUCAAGGAAUUCUAUCAACAUCUCGGAAAGCACCAGCAGAGUCCUGCUCUUGAAGCGCUGCCGAUGGCUCUGAACAGGCUGAGCCGGGAUGAUGUGCACCUACUUCAUUGUUCUCCCUGUGGCCAUGUCUGGACCUCAAACGAGAGAGAAGAACUCUGCCCGACGUGUCGUGACAGCAAAGGAAAGAGUCUCCCCCGGCAAUUGAAGCUGUCAGCACCCUUUCCUCCACUCUGGGAAGUCAAGAUAGCUCCCGACCGUAACAGGGUAUACUUUUUAGACCACAAUGAGAGUAAAACAACCUGGAUCGACCCUCGCAGCACGGAAGCCAGGCUCGUCGCCAAGACACUCAAGAUGGGACCACUUCCCGCAGGCUGGGAGCUCAGGUUGGAGGAGAGAUCAGGCCGCAUCUAUUUCGUGGACCAUAAUACAAGCACUACAACCUGGGAUGACCCUCGCGCGAAGCCGGAUACUGAGAAAUCAGAGCCGCUGCCUGAAGGGCGAAAAAGAAGGGUCAUCAGCAGUCGCUUGUAG